AUGGUUCAAGGCAAGAUACACCAUAAAUCUUCGUCCCGGUCAGGACAAAGAGAAUCGAAGUGUUUGACUAAUAGUGAGGUCGUCCAAAUAUUGCGUUCUCUCCCCGGAGACCGUCCUUUCGGAGUCCUGGAGGAGGGUGAGACAUCGGAGUUCCUUCGACAGUUGUACAUCCCCCUUCGCAGCUUAUUCAGUACAACCACAACUACCUCUCAAGCAAAUCGUGCGAGAAUCGAGCAAAUAGACCACCUCGAGGUGCCUUCAAGACUCCGAAGCCGGUUCUCCUCAUACGAAACAGACCCCCUGGAGUUUUGGGAAAGACUCGUCAACCCACUUCCGCAAUACAGCGAUCAACUGCGGGAGAACAGGGCCCCAGUUUUCCUCCAAGGUGCUGCUCAGCUGGAUUCCAAUAUCGAAGAGCAGCGAAUCCUUCGAAGAUUUGUCGCGGUUUCUGCUUAUAACCUCUUUCGACGAACUUUUCCGACCUCAUCCCACACUCGUGUUUUAGAAAAGCAGCUAGAGCAGUUUUUAUUUAUGGCGGAGUUGCCCGUUUCUGAGCACAAAAUAUGUGGAGAUAUUAUUCGACGAGGACAAAGACACACACAAUUUUGCCAGAAGCUGAAAGUUGGGGAAGAAGCUGGCUUUGGCGCUCUGUUCUUCGCCUCUAUUCCAGACACCAUCUGGGACGAUGGAGGUCUUCAUGGCGAGGAUUUUGAGCAGUCCAUCAAACACCUUCAACAAAAGAAGAUCAUCGAGGAGUCAGUAAAGUCGAACGCAAAUCGGGUUGCAAAUACUUUGCUUCGGUUUCAUACCAACUACGUCUGGACUCCUAGAACUUGCCGCGAGGGUCGACAUUCUAGACAUCGUGAACCCGGUUUUGUUGGUAUUGAUACCAACUUUCCUGUGCAGCUUGCGUCAGAGACCCCGAUUACAGAUUUGGGCGAGAUGUCCACGCUUGCACAGCGUGGAGAGAUUGAAACGAACGCUAAUGAAGAUGGCAGCCAGUUUGAACAACUGGUAACGGCUACAUGCUCUGCCAACUCGCUCGAAUCGCCCCAAGAAUGUCCAUCUGUGGCGACGUCCCAUGAAUCAUUUGGGCCGCAGCUUGAUAUGACCUAUCUCGACUUCUUUGGGCCGCAGCUUGAUAUGGCAUACCUAAAUUUCUUUGGCCAACAGCUGGAUAUGGCGGAGUUUGACUGCGUCGAUGUGCAGCCUUCCAUAGAUUCUCUUGAGAGUGACGAGUUUGGCUCAAAUCAUCUUUGGCAGAGUUCCAAUUGCAGAUCAGCUAAUGAGACGCUACCCUGA